AUUGUAGUGACACUAUUAUAGCUAUAGCCUAUAAUGUCUUCAAAAUUAUUUGAUGGCUUUUAGUUACGGUCAUACAAUCAUCCCGAAUUUGUCCGCGGCCUCAGCAAAGACUGCAAUAGACAUUUUUGAACACAACCCGACAUUGUAUGGCAUGGUACCUACCUUCCAUAAUUAGUUAAUGCGCACAUUUGUUGUAACGCAAGAAUUCAUACAAUGAAACAUAUUUAUAAUAUCAAUAACAUGCUGGACAACAAUGAUGAAGAUUCGUCGUGCUCUUGCAAGUGGGAAAAUUGUGAUUUAUACAUGAAUAAAACAGAACUACCAAAACAUGUAAUAGACCACAUAGCUCCAGAAUCUCAAGGGUUAUUCUACUGCAAAUGGAAAAGUUGUACGAGAGGAGACCGAGCUUUUAACGCCAAAUACAAGAUAUUAGUCCACAUACGCACUCAUACAAACGACAAGCCGCAUCAAUGCUAUAUAUGUGGUAAAAGCUUUACGCGGGCUGAAAAUUUGAAGAUUCAUGCUCGUUCGCAUACAGGUGAGAAACCGUACGUUUGUUCAGUAAAUGGAUGCAACAAGGCAUAUUCCAAUACGAGCGAUCGCUUCAAGCACACCCGAACGCACUUCAUCGAAAAACCAUACGCUUGUCGAGUGGAAAGCUGUCUGAAAAGAUAUACGGACCCCAGCUCUUUGAGAAAACAUGCUAAAAGUCAUAAUCAUCAAGUAAAGGUGAUAUUGACACAAGAUACGAAUCCAUGUUGUUCUUCGUCGGUUUUCAUAACUCCUACUUGUUCUGCGUAUUCCAUGUCCAACGUUAUUGACCAACCACUUGAUUUAUCAAUUCGUUGGAAAAAAUAAUUGUACUAUAGAGUAAUGUUUAAUGUUUUAGUGCAAAUGAUAAUUAGUCAACUAUAUAUAUAUACAUGGAUUUAUUAUAAUAAAUGUACAUACUUUUACUUGUA